UUUAUUCCAAAAACCAGCGGGACCCCCUAAUUCAUAACUACCCCGCUAACUUUCCUAAAUUACAGUUCACCUACCGCCUCUCGCUCUCCCCAGUCCCUACCUAUAAAUACCCUCCGUUCCGUUCUAUUAGGUUUGCCAAAUCAGUCUCCACAGCCGCACUUAAAAAUUCAAAACAAGAAAAAAUAAUCGUGUCUAGUGAGUGUGCUUAAAUUAAAAUGGCGUCGUCAACGUCAUCAAGGAACAAAUCGAACGGUCCAGAUCUGCAUAGCUUUCGGAGACCACAACUAUCGUCCUCCGUUUCUUCAACCUCUUCGAGUUUCUACUCCUGCUCCUCUUCCACGUUCUUCGGACGUGCCACUUCUCCCACACCUGUCAGCCUUUAUGGACACAGGCACUCCAAUCACAACGACCGCCACGUGUCACGUCGAUCCUCGCCAUCGGUUCGGUUUUCUCUCGAUAACCGUCCUAUAUCUCCCAACCGUUCGAUCUCAUUCACCAGACAGAUCGACAAAAGCAACAGCAAUGCGAAGGUAUUCAACACUUCUAAGAGGACCUGCGCUUGUUCGCCGACGACGCACCCUGGCUCUUUCCGGUGUGCUCUUCAUAAGAGAGCGAACAACUAUCAAAAUAACAAAACGAAGUUCUCGUCGUCGUACCACACGAGUAGUACACUGAACUACAGGAGGUCAGCGAUGACGAACUCGCUCGUGAGAAUCGGAGGAGUGGAAGGAGAGUUGGUCAAAAGAGCAUUGUCUGCUCUAAUAAGGCCGUCAUCUCACCACCAGCGCCGCAGAGCCGCUUUUGAGCCGAGACCGAGUCGGUUCUACUUAAUGUCAAAAGCCGAAAAUUCAGAAAAUUUAUGAAUGUUUAAUCAGGAUUUGAGUUUGUUGAAUGAUUAAGCCGGUUAGGGAGACGAGUGGACUCAGUUCGUUAACUGUAAAGCCGAGUCACAAUUUUUUUUUAUUUUCAAUUUUGAUCUGUUUAGUUGUUUUAGGGAAGAUUUGCCAGGAAGAGUGCGGUUUUUGUGUAAAAAGUUGAGGAAGAACUAUUAUAGAGAGAAGUUAAAUAAC